AUCUAUUUUACGUAUUACUGGUUUCCUAAUUAUUAGAAGUUAAAAUUACCUUAAUAUUUUCCCCAGAAUUAGGGGGGAAAAGUCCUAAUUCCACGCCAUUUCUUUUGGGUUUCUCUCCAAAUCACAAAUCACAUUCACUUUGCGAAGUAUGAUCUCCUAAUCCUGGCUUGGACCGUGUUGGCGAGCACAAGACAUGACAUUCAAGAAGAUGGUGACAAACCAAAUCUCUCUCUAAGGUUUAGAGAGAGAACAUUAUCUCUGAGAGUUUUUCUUCUUAGGCUCAGUCCUCCGUCCCUGCUAGUUUUCGCGGUUGCCCCUGCCUCGAUGGGCAGGAUGGCUUCUUCCCCCUUGCCUGAAAGUGGGUUUCACUUCCUCCCCGUCCGAGUGAGGUGGAGGAACUUCCUUGCAUUGGUAUUUUUUUUAUAUGCUGGUGAAUGGGGUUUCAAUAGAUCUGAGCUUCUGAAGGUUUUAUUCUCCAUUGCAAUGGCUUUUCUCUUCAGGAGGUUUCCCUUCUCCUUUGGCUCGAGGGCUGGCGAGCGAACUCAAUCGCAGAAGUCUCUCUGCUCUUUCUCCUACAUUCGUCGUUCAUCUCUUAUCCUUGCUAGGGUUGCAUGUGUUUUUCCUUGCUUAGUGUCGCUCUUAUUUCUGUUGCUUUGGUUGCUGGAGGCCGACAAGGGUCCUUCCCUACUCUUCAAUUUGUGUUUUAAGGCUUUUAAAGGCUAUUGUUCGAAAAAGUACCUGUUUCUUCUUAUUGAUGACGGCAAUGGAGUUCUGGACAAAGGACGACGCCCUUGCAACCGGAUUGAGGUUUUGGGUCAAAUGGCUUUUUGGAUCCUAGAGUUUCUGUGUACUUGGGCUGUUCCUUGUCUUUUCUGGGCUCUAUAACUAUCUUUAAUGUUUUGAAGGCCUUGAGCCUUUGAAUGUAAUCUUGAGCCUUUUAGGCUUUUCCUUAAUGAAUUUUAUAUCUUGAAGAAAAAAAAGAUGGUGAUGUGAUGAA